AUGAUCAAGAAAGACAAGAAGUGGGUGUCGGACUUAUUACAAGUAAAGGACCUUUUUGGAACGAAUUACCUCAGUGAUGUACUCUUUAUCUUCUCAUCGGAUUCUCUCUAUGGUAACAAUGAUACUGGCUCGAAUGUGACGACUCAAGAGAAGAAACAUACGAGUUUUAUUGCUCGAGAAGAUCACCUUCUUCCUGCUCAUCGUCUGAUUCUAUCACUCCGUAGUGGUGCAUUUCAAUCAGCACUAAAACAAACUAAGAGCAGUCAAGUACCAGGUCAAGUACGUUUUCCACUCAAGAUUUACGUGCAGGAUACACCGUAUCGUGUAUUUUACUCGCUCUUGAGAUUCCUCUACACAAAUGAAUUGGAGACUGAGCCAAAAGAGGAUAAACAAGACGAUUUUUGGCUGCAAUUACUCCGUGCUGCGUUUGUAUACUUGGUACCGUCACUUGUAGACAUUUGUGUCAAGCAGAUCAUGGCGUUUUUAGUCCCAGAAGAGCAUGACAUGAUGGAGGAGAAAGACGAAAGUGGAGAUAAUAAGGACGAGGACGAGGAGGAAGAUACGAAAGCACAAUGUUUGCAGAAGAAAACGAUGGAUGUAUUAGUGUUUAUGGAUACGGUUUUGUCUACAAAUCCAUUGACAGCUCGACGAGGAAAAGUCGAGUCAGACUUGACAGCGCUGACUCCGCCGUCGUUGCAGAAUCGACGGCAAACAUCGGGUGAGAAAGAAACAACUUUACUGGUGCUAUCUCAAUGCACAAAGGCGAUACAUGAACUGCAAAAUGUGUGCAUGCAGCAACUUCAACUGAUAGAUGAAGUGGCGUUUGGGAAACUUGUACAGAGCGACACUGGCGGACAGUGUUCAACGGAACGGUUGUGUGAGAUCCUGCGAUUGCGAUCAGAUACGCCGCUCGUUGUGGCUGUCCGAUACCAACUUGGCCGUGUGGUCAAUAAGUUGCUGCAACUUGGAGAACCGUUGGAUCGAGUUGGAAAUAAUGAGACUGACAUGCCACUUGUUGUAGCACUGCAAACUGGUAACAGCGCAAUCAUUCGCCGGCUCCUGGUCGACGAAACUGCACCAUUUUUUCUCCUGACUGAUAAGGUUCCGUUGAUUUUUUUGGCAAGUGCAAGUGGCAAUGUGCGGCACUGCAAAAUCCUGAUCGAGCAAAAUUCUGCUGAUGUAAAUUUGAUCUCGCAACUAAAACACGGAGACAAGGAGAUUACAGCCGAAUUUGGAUACCAACAAACACCUUUGCAUAUUGCCAGUCGAAAAGGCCACAGCGCGGUGGUAGAGCUGCUGCUACAGCACAAUGCUGCCGCCAAUUUGCCUGAUGAGGAAGGAAAUACUGCGCUACACUAUGCGGCAAACAUCGAGACUGUUGAAGUCUUACUGAACAGCGCUUUCCGAACAAAUGCCAACAUUCCAAACCGACGAGGGCGGACACCAUUGCACAUUGCUGCUGCGCGAGGAGACGUUGCUGUUGUUGCUUAUUUAAUCCGCCAUGGUGCAAAACAAGAUAUUGUUGAUGAUCAAGGCCAGAAUGCCUUUCAUCAUGCAGCUGCUCAUGGGCACACCGCGGUCACGCUUGUUCUGCUUCACGUAAAUGACGGUUCUCAGCCCAAAAUGUUAACGUCAAGUACUGAUCACACAAAUGAAAGCAAUGAGACGACGGAUGAUCCUCAGUCUGACGAAUCUCAGCAAUUGGUAAAGCAGAUUGGCAAUGGUCAUGCUGGAGGAGACGUUGGAGAGCUCUACGAAGCGAGUGGGUUCAACAUUAAUCAAGAAGACUUAAAGGGAAACACUGCACUUCACCUUGCUGCAAUGUCACCACCGGAACGAUGCCAAAAGAUGCUGCAGCUUCUAUUGGAAAAUGGUGCGGAUCCCAACAAAGUGAAUUGGUUUGGCUACACGCCGCUACAUUUAUUCUGCUCACACCAGAGCGGGCCAGCCUCCCUCAUUGACUCAUUUAUUGGACACGGUGUAAACAUUCACGCGCAGAGUAUAGACGGUAGUACAGCAUUGCAUCUGGCUGUUGGUCGAGGAAGUCAAGACGUUGCCGUUACAUUGGUAAGUGCAGGCGCAUUUGUGCACUUGCUCGAUGCCGCAGGUCGCAGUGUGGUGGAUCUUGUAGAAAGCACAAACCAAGGUGUCAUGCUUGUGCCAGUGCUGCGUAACCUGUCACAUGCACCCGAAGGGAUCAGCGACGAGCACACAACGGAGUGUUCAUCAUGCCACACAACCUUUCGACUUGCAAUGCGUAAACACCAUUGUCGCCAUUGCGGACGUACUUUAUGCUACAAUUGUUCAAGUCAGAAGAUUGCGAUUCCCAAGUUUCAAGUGCUUAAACCUGAUCGUGUAUGUGAUACGUGCUUUGAUGUAUUGUCAUUCCGAAAACUGCUCUAG